ACUAUUUCCGUUGCACCGUCCGUAUGGAGUAGCUACAAACAGACAACGGACCGGAGAUUUUUUUUUAUUUUUUAUUAUUAAUCUAACUCGGGGUGGAUUUUUCCUCGGCCAAGAUGUCUCGGGGCUCUAUCGAGAUCCCUCUACGGGACACAGAUGAGGUUAUCGAGCUUGACUUUGACCAGCUGCCAGAAGGAGACGAGGUCAUCAGUAUCCUGAAGCAGGAGCACACACAGCUGCACAUAUGGAUCGCUUUGGCGUUGGAGUACUACAAGCAGGGCAAAACAGAAGAUUUUGUCAAGCUUUUAGAGGCAGCACGUAUCGAUGGAAACCUCGACUACAGAGACCACGAGAAGGACCAGAUGACCUGCCUGGACACAUUGGCAGCUUACUAUGUCCAGCAAGCUCGUAAAGAAAAGAACAAAGAUGCCAAGAAAGAGCUCAUCACACAGGCCACGCUGCUCUAUACGAUGGCAGACAAGAUCAUCAUGUAUGAUCAGAACCAUUUGUUGGGACGAGCCUGUUUCUGCCUGCUGGAAGGAGACAAGAUGGACCAGGCUGACGCUCAGUUCCACUUUGUGCUCAAUCAGUCCACCAACAACAUCCCUGCUUUGCUUGGUAAGGCCUGCAUCUCCUUCAAUAAAAAGGACUACAGAGGAGCACUGGCGUACUACAAAAAGGCACUUCGUACAAACCCCGGCUGCCCAGCUGAGGUGAGGCUGGGGAUGGGCCACUGUUUUGUCAAGCUCAACAAACUGGAGAAGGCUCGACUGGCGUUCGGUCGAGCACUGGAGCUUAACUCCAAAUGUGUGGGAGCUCUUGUUGGUUUGGCGGUGUUAGAGCUCAACAACAAGGAGGCAGAUUCCAUCAAGAAUGGAGUUCAGCUCCUGUCGCGGGCCUACACCAUCGACCCCAGCAACCCCAUGGUGCUCAACCACCUCGCCAACCACUUCUUCUUCAAAAAGGAUUACAGUAAAGUGCAGCAUCUGGCCCUCCAUGCUUUCCAUAACACAGAAGUCGAGGCCAUGCAGGCUGAGAGCUGCUACCAGUUAGCUCGCUCGUUUCACGUGCAGGAGGACUACGACCAAGCGUUUCAGUAUUACUACCAGGCCACUCAGUUCGCCUCAUCCACCUUCGUGUUGCCCUUCUUCGGCCUGGGGCAGAUGUAUGUGUAUCGAAGAGACAAGGAGAACGCGGCACAGUGCUUUGAAAAGGUCUUAAAGGCCUACCCCAACAACUACGAGACUAUGAAGAUUCUGGGCUCCCUCUAUGCAACAUCUGACGAUCAGGAAAAGAGAGACAUAGCCAAAGGUCAUUUAAAGAAGGUGACAGAGCAGUAUCCAGAUGACGUGGAGGCGUGGAUCGAGCUGGCUCAGAUCCUGGAGCAGACCGACAUUCAGGGAGCGCUGUCCGCAUACGGCACAGCCACCCGCAUCCUGCAGGAGAAGGUGCAGGCUGACGUUCCCCCUGAGAUCCUCAACAACUUGGGGGCUCUUCACUUCAGACUGGGCAACCUGGGAGAGGCCAAGAAAUACUUCCUUGCAUCUCUGGAUCGGGCCAAAGCUGAAGGGGAGCAUGACGAGCAUUACUACAACGCCAUUUCUGUCACCACCUCCUACAAUCUGGCCCGUCUGUACGAGGCAAUGUGUGAAUUCCACGAAGCUGAGAAACUCUACAAAAACAUCCUGAGAGAACAUCCCAACUACGUGGACUGUUAUUUGCGUCUCGGAGCGAUGGCUCGUGACAAAGGAAAUUUCUACGAAGCUUCUGAUUGGUUCAAAGAGGCCCUGCAGAUUAAUCAGGAUCACCCGGAUGCCUGGUCCCUGAUAGGGAACCUUCACUUGGCCAAACAGGAGUGGGGGCCGGGUCAAAAGAAGUUUGAGCGUAUCCUGAAGCAGCCGUCCACACAGAACGACACCUACUCCAUGCUGGCUCUGGGUAACGUGUGGCUGCAGACGCUGCAUCAGCCCACCAGAGAUCGGGAAAAGGAAAAGAGACACCAGGACCGAGCCCUGGCAAUAUACAAACAAGUCCUACGAAAUGACGCCAAAAACCUCUACGCUGCCAAUGGCAUCGGUGCCGUGCUGGCCCAUAAGGGCUACUUCAGAGAGGCUCGUGACGUGUUUGCGCAGGUGAGGGAGGCCACGGCAGACAUCAGCGACGUCUGGCUGAAUCUGGCUCACAUCUACGUGGAACAGAAGCAGUACAUCAGCGCUGUGCAGAUGUAUGAGAACUGCCUGAAGAAAUUCUACAAAUAUCAGAACACGGAGGUGCUGCUGUACCUCGCAAGGGCGCUCUUCAAAUGUGGGAAACUCCAAGAGUGCAAGCAGAUGCUGCUGAAGGCCCGUCACGUGGCGCCCAGCGACACAGUGCUGAUGUUUAACGUGGCCCUGGUGCUUCAGAGACUCGCCACUCUCGUGCUGAAAGAUGAGAAGAGCAACCUGAAGGCUGUGCUCAGCGCUGUGAAAGAGCUUGAACUGGCUCACAGGUAUUUCAGCUACCUCAGCAAGUCUGGAGACAAGAUGAGGUUUGACCUCGCUCUUGCCGCCUCUGAGGCCAGGCAGUGCUCUGACCUUCUGAGUCAGGCUCAGUACCACGUGGCGAGAGCCAGAAAGCAGGAUGAGGAGGAGAAAGAGCUUCGGGCCAAACAGGAGCAGGAGAGAGACCUGCUGCGUCAGCAGAUGUUAAAAGAACAGGAGGAAAAGCGGAACAGAGAGGCAGAGGAGCAGAAGAAGCUCCUGGAGCAGAGAGCUCUGUACGUGGAGAAGACCAAGAACCUGCUCACCUUCGCAGAGGGAUCAAAGGAAAUGGCCAAAGAAAAGAAGAAGAGUGGUGGAGGACGUCGCAAGAAAGGCGGCGACAUGGAUGAGUUUGUCAACGAUGACUCUGACGAGGACCUGCCACUGAAGAAGAAGAAGAAGAGGAGGCCCGGCAGUGGCAGCGAGCAGGAGGAGAAUGAGGAUGGAGAGAAGAAGCCACGCAAGAAGAGAAGGAAACCCACUAGAGGAGAUGACAGUGAUGACGAAGAAGGAGGAUCACGACCCAAGAAGCAGCGUAAACAAAAAGAGCGCAAGAGGAUUGAAAAGCCGCAGCCUGAGCGUCUGCCUCCGUCUCUGAAAGGAAAGAUCAAGUCUAAGGCUAUCAUCUCCUCCUCUGAGUCCUCUUCAGACGAGGAUGGCCUGAAAAUAGCUGAAGACAGACAUCAAAGAGACAGUGGCUCAGGAUCUGAUGACGAGGGCGACCACAGGAAGCGUAUUGCGUCUGACAGUGAGUCCGAUGGAGGUAGGAACCGCUCUGGCAGUGAGGCCGGCAGCCCUCGGCGCGGCAGUGAGGCCGGCAGCCCUCGGCGCGGCAGUGAGGCCGGCAGCCCUCGGCGCUCCGGCAGUGAGGCAGGCAGCCCGCGACGCUCUGCGGGCUCUGAGGACGAUGAGUCAGGCAGCUACCGUCCAGUGAAGAAGAGGAGGGUGCAGCGGCAGUCCGACUCGGAGCAGUCGGACAAUGAGAGCAAGAGGAGUCAGUCAGGAUCCGACGAUGAGUCCCGGCCUGGUUCCCCCGUCGCAGUGUCCGACCGGGGAUCAGACAGGGGAUCUGAGGCGGGGUCAGACAACGAGGGCUCCCCACGCCGCUCUGACAACGGCUCUGAACGCGAAGCCUCCAACAACGACGACGACAGCGAUUAAAUCCUCCUCACAGACUUGUCCCAUGUUAACGCUGAGAAAACUCUCCACAUCUGCAUUUUUAUUUUCUAUUAAAAGCAGGGAUUUCUGUCUGUACCAUAUUUUGGAAUUAGCCUAGAGAAAUGUAGUUUUUUUGUUGGCACAGCCACUGGUGUAUUCCUCCCGUCUUACUGGAAUUAUCUUUUCACGGAUGCUGUGUUUUGUUAAAGAUGUUUUCUGUAAAGACAGAUCAAAUUGUUUGAAACGAACUUAACGGUGUAAACAUCUAUUUUCUAUCUCAGAUGGUCAGACCAGACACUGACCCAAAAAUGGGAAGAUUCUUCAACACAAUAUCAAAUAAAAGAAAACGGAAACAAAGAAUUGUGUAACGUGGAUUGUUUCAGGGCUUGGUAGUAACGGAUUACAUCAGGGUUCCCAUGGAUCCUUAAAAAUUCUGAAAAGGCAUUAAAUUAACUAAUCUGCCAUGUAAUAUGUAUUCAGUUACCAACGACAUCAUGGUAACAUUGUCCAAUUAGAAAAACAGCAUCAACUUAAUUGAAAUGGUUCUUCUGUAGUGAAAUGUCACUGUGAAUACUGAUAAGC